AGCAGCACUGGCGGUGGGCAGGGAGCUGCUGAGGAGGAUAUGAGGAGCAAUCGUGGAAGAGGACUCAGUCCGACCUUGUCUGGCUCACAGUCCCGCGCCUGGUUGUGCGUAAACGCUGCUAAAAUAGUUGGCGGCGUCUGAAGCCCCUUCAGGCGCGUACAACUUUGGCCCUCAUUCAUGAUUUUAUUCGCACGUCUGGGUGAUGUGCACAGGAAUAGAUCAACACUACUCCAACCUCUUCCGCAUAUUGGAUUUCAAUGCAAAGAGAAGGUCGCCAACGUCCCUCUGAGGAUUCGGGAAAUGAAGACUGCUGCUGACACGGACUCAGUAUUUUUGGACUUUUGAAACGUUUUUCUGUACGCAGUUUUGAUUGAGGGGUUUUCUUCAACUCGCGAAGCAUUUGCUCCCUGUGUGGGAUUACUCGUUGCAUUGCUUGUAUUCGAUUACAGUCGAGUUUUGGAUGAGCCCGUGCUGUGCAUUGAGCAGCGCACAAAUUCGAUCAUAAUGUAUUUAAUUUAGGACAGCCUCUGUUUAAAUACAGUAAGUGCCAAAUUAAGCCGGGAUGGCGAACGAGUGUAAUCGCAACAUUGUGGAAAAGUAUAUCUGCCAUAAACUCUCCAAACGCGGCUACGUGUUUGGGUUUGAUGAUGUCCGGGAUGAAGAUGCUGCUAAUAAUGGGUCGAUAGUUGUCCCUCCGCCGACUUUGGUGCGCCGGUGCCGUGAAGCCAGCACCGGGCCUGACAGCGAGAGCAUCCCCCACCUCUGCAAACGGCACCCCCAGUCCGACCCGUCCGCCGCCAUCCACAGAGUCCUCCGCGAGGCUGGGGACGAACUUGAAAGACUGUACCAGCCGGACUUCACGGAGAUGUCGCGCCAGCUGUAUCUCACCUCCACCACGGCGCAGCGGAGAUUCGCCGAGGUGAUAGACGAACUGUUCCGGGACGGGGUGAACUGGGGCCGGAUUAUCGCUUUCUUCGAGUUCGGGGGCACGGUGUGCGUGGAGUGCGCCGGCAAGGAGGAGAUGACCUCGCAGGUGGACAACAUCGCGGAGUGGAUGACGGAGUAUUUAAAUGGACCUCUGAACAGCUGGAUACAAGAUAACGGGGGAUGGGAUGCCUUUGUGGAGCUGUAUGACAGACAGAGGGACACCCUCUUCAGUUGCUCCUGGCCCUCCAUCAAGACGGUCUUCGGUCUGGCUGCACUCGGGGCAGCGAGCCUCACCAUUGGAGCGUACCUUACACAGAAGUGAACGAACCCUCUUUCUACCAGCUUGACUUUAUUCCUCAUCCUUCUCCUCGUGCCUCUUCUUUUUUUUUUUUUUUCCUUUUCAUAGACGCCCCUGACCCCUCAGAGACAACCUUUAGACUCUUCCGAAUCUGGCUCUCUUCAAAGCCCUCUCUCAGAAAGCUCCCUCUUCCUUGCCCCUCCAUGUCAAAACAGACACGAAUCAAAACAACUGAAGCAACCAGAUGCACAGCCCAUACAGAGCAAAGGACGUCUUGAAAGGAGGCAGCUUAGAUGUAAUCACACUAAGCUGAGUGCAGCUGAGGAGUGAGGAGGUGGCAUCAGUGGCAUGCAUCUUUUAUUUUUUGUUCUGCCUGCUUCUGUACUAGUUAUAGCAUGAAUGUUGAGUGUUAGUGUAGACGUUGCAUGUGUCAGAGCUCAUGCGGGACCUCUGUUUGGAGGCCUUGAUGAUGGGGGUGCAGGGACAAUGAUGCCCCACACCGGAGCGGCCGCAGCCCCGCCCCUGCUUGUUAGGGUGAAGAACCCCGUUUGAACUAUGGACUCUGGUUACCCCCCCUUCCCCUGCAGCCGUCCUUCAAAGGACUUCCUCCACAGAACAGCUGCUCAGAAUGUAUAAUGGAAACAGCUUGCUACAACCAACGCUCCUCAGACAGCUCCAGUGAACUCUGAACACACUGCACCAUUAUACUUCCCCCGGCCUUCGAUAUGUAAAGGAAGGACCAGUGGAAGACUGAGCUCUGCUCAUCUCUCUUUAGCAGAGCUCCUUGAUUUUUAUGUUGGUUUUAAUUUUUUGCAGCACGCCAAACUCCAAAUUGUGUGGAUUUACUGCAGAUACGGAGGCGAACGAAAAUUUUCAAUGAGUGAAAAACACGCUGAAGACGCCUGAUGUUGCAUAGAAAUCACGUUGAUUAACAUGCUUCGAAAAAUGUCGACCACAGCACAAUAGAGCAAGGUAGAAGUAAAAUAAGCAUUGCAUUUUGCAUCUUAAGAAGGGAGUGAGGCCCCUGCGACACAAAGAUUUUAAGAGUGCAUUCCUCGAGCAAAGUGAUGUGAACAAGACCACCCCUCGGCUUAAAUGACUCCCCUCUAAAAGAAACAUCAUUGUUCACACCGAGCAGCUCUGAAACUCACCUUUUCUAUUUUCUACCAGCUUUCUUACUCCACUUGUGGUCAGAUUGUUUGGGCUCGCCCAGGUCUGAGAGCUGACCCUGUCAACAUGUGUCCACCAGCUGCUGAGGCCCCACAGCGACCCGGUACUGCUAGAAUCCACUCCGACAAAGACGCUUGUUGAAUGAGAAAACCUCACUUGGCUACAGAUGACUGAGUGGAAUACCGCAGCAGCAGGGUUCAAGCUCAGGACUAAAGCCAGCGUGUCCCGUAUGCUGGAACCUGAGAUGUCCCCUCUCUCCAGCCUGCAAAUGCAUUCAGUCAUUGAUUUGUUUUAUUGAUGUUUGUCUUGUGUUACAGUCUGAUAGAAGAUUUGCUCACAAAAGCUCCAAAACAUUUUAUUGUACACAGUACUUAGCAAGUCGGUUAUAGAAUAUAAGUGAUUUUUUUCCUUUCCUCUGUCAUUAAAAAUCUUCUUUGUUGCAU